AUGUCGGAUGUACAAUCCACACCCGCGGCGCAGCAGCAGCAGACGCAGCAGCCGAUGGUCCAGACUCAAAAAGUGUCAGACAUCAUUCGUAGCUUUCGCCCGACCAAGGCCUUCCGCCCCCCGAAGCAAGACACUGCGACUUAUGUGACGUCGUUGGAUUUCGAUGAUCAGGGUGACUACUUGGUGGCUUCCGGUGACGACGACACCAUUCAAGUCUUCGACAUCAAGGAGGGCAAGUCUACAAAGUCCGUUCCCAGCAAGAAGUAUGGGGCUCAUCUGGCGCGCUUCACACACCAUUCUCGUCAAGUUCUGCAUGCUAGCACCAAAGUCGACGAUUCGCUGCGAUUGCUCGACCUACACAAUGAAGGCUACGUGCGAUAUUUCUCCGGUCAUACUGAUAAGGUGACGUGUUUGGCUCUGUCCCCUGGCGGUGACUCCUUCAUAUCGUGCUCCAAGGACGACACGAUCGCCCUCUGGGAUCUCGGCUCCCGAAACGCCCAGGGUAGGCUGAAACUCGCAACACCUUACCUCGUUGCCUUUGACCCAUCCGCAUCGGUCAUUGCGGUUGCUUCGCAGUCUACUUCCUCCGUUCUGCUUUACGAUUACCGUAAUUACGACAAGUCCCCCUUCUCCACCUUCGAUCUUGCCCCUCACGAGGAACGAUACACGCCGUCAACGCGCGGCAGGGCAUGGACCCGACUUGAGUUCUCGAAUGACGGGAAAUACCUGCUUGUGGGUACCGAUUAUCAUGGGCAUUUCAUCCUCGAUGCCUUUGAGGGUUCCGUGAAAGCAUUCUUGGUUGGUAGGGCUGGAUCCCCGGGUCGCGCUGCGCCUGUUUCCACAACCGGGAAGCCUCUUGGACAGGGUGAUGCAUGCUUCUCGCCAGACGGGCGAUAUGUGAUCGGGGGAUCUGGAGAUCAACCGGAUGUGCUGGUGUGGGACUUGCAGCAGACCCCUGAUGCCAAUGGCUUACUGCAGCCAAUGACGAAGCUGCCUCACCGUGGUCGAGUUGCAUUGGUGGAAUACAACCCCCGCUAUAACAUGCUGGCUUCCGCUGACAAGGAGAUUGUGUUCUGGCUCCCAGAAGACAGCUCCAGACCAUCAGAAAAGUAA